AUGGAGACUCCUCAAACAGCUGCUGCAGCCUCACUCGUCAACGCUGCUCCGGAAACCAUCAGCAACGACACUGAUCCAGCGACGGAUGACCAGGAUGCAGAGGAGGAAGCCUACCUAGACACGAUCGACGCCAACCCUGAUACAAUUGAAGACUAUGGCAGAUCUCAAUUUCGUGCACGUGCCUUCGCAGUAGCGCUGGAAAAGCUCGUCAAAGAAGCUGCUGCAUCCCCCGACAGCCCCUCCGCCAGUGCAUCCCGUAUGGAGCAUGACGGCUACUGGCGUAAAGUCUUCACUCAAACCAUCAUUCCGACAGUGGUGGCGGACGACAGUAUCGAGAACUCCCUCUUCGAUCCUCCACGGAACAAAUUGGGAAUCGUGGUCGCCUGUGAGCCCACUGGUGGACUUCUAUGUUGCCCGUGCGAUAUGCCGAACAGUUUUCUGCCCACUGUUGCGGUAGAGGCAGCAGAAGCAGAUAGAGUGGCUAAUGGCGGGGCCGGAGUGGGAAAGCGAGCGUUACUGGAGGGAUUGACAGCCGCGCUGUAUGGCACCAGUGAGGGGAAGACGGGAUUCAUUGGCGGUGAUGGAGAGCGAUUCGUGUUGGGCCGAUGCAGUUGGAUGACAGCUCAAGGGGUCCUCUGGAAUCCUGGCCUGUAUCUGUUGAUGUUGGGCUGGGAGAAGAACAUAGUGGAUGCGGGAAUGGCACUUGAAGCGGCAAGGCAGGAGAAGUUGCUGGCGGAACGACGCGCUAAUGGUGAGUUUGACAGUGUUGACACGUCAUCGGAGGAGGAAGCCAAUUCGGACGGGUCGACACCGUCGUCGAAGGAGGCUCAACCGAGAUCAUGA